CAAAAAUUAUUAAGUAUUGCCGUGCGAUGCGUCGGCGAGGCGCAUUACGUCUGCGAGUGAUGGAAUAGUUUUACAGAUCUGUAUCCACUCUUUUGGCUUAAGCGAUGAACUAUAUGCCUGAUCAAAUGAUAAACUAAUUUUUACCUUUUCACAAAAAUUAGUUUUCCUUUCAGACAGUAUAUUAUAAUCUGACAAGUGCUUCGACACAACUGUCUGUUGUAGUGUCCGACUUAAGGUUGAGUUUGUUGCUCGUAAUAGCAUGAAAUGGAAUAUGUUUAGUAUGUGUUCCGAGGAUUAAACGCUUACCUGAUUGUGUACUGGGGUGUAAAUAAUUAUUCUGCUGUUUCGCGUCAUUUGUUUAUGCCUAAUGCGACAGUCUCAUUAUGGAAACCUCAGAAACGGCAGAUGUCAGAGUUGUAGACAUUAGGUGUCCCAGAAAGGAUUUCAGCAGUAGAACCCACAUUUUGUGACGCCUAAGAAGCGUCAUUUGGUUCAGAAUAUUUGUUCUUGCAGGAGCACAGGAAAACGAAGUUGCCAGUAGUGGUGUCGACAAUAAAGCCGGAGCGAGAAAAUAUGCGACGCUUAGGACUUAAUUUGGAGGCACGAAAUGUGUCGUCCACUGGAUUGUGUCCAGCGUAAUGUGGCUGACGCAUGAGAGCAGCGGAACAAGGCGUGUAGACAGUGUUUGAAUAAUGGCACAGCGGUGCGGUCGACAACUACAAGCGCGGUCGGUGCUGCGCCGAGUGGAAAUUCGUCUGCACGCUAGUACGACGCGAGGCGGCGGCCCGACCGCAUCGCCAUGGUCGCCACCGGCCGCGAGCGCCGGGCGCAUCGGCACCCGGGCGACGGCGACGCCUUUCUGUGCCACCCGAGCACGGAGCUGCUGACGUUCCGGCCUUCGGCGUCGCUGCCGCCUCCGCCGUCGCGGCGGACCGCCGGCAUGGCAGCUGGCGCCAGGCGGCGUCGCGGCGCCAGCGCUGCCUUGGGCGUCGUGCUGGGAUUAGCCGCCGGGUUGAUGGUGGCGGCUCCGCGGUCCACCUUCGUCGGCAGGCUGCUACGCACCGACAACACGACGGGGGCGGCGCCAGGGGGUGGUGGCGGAACGUCAUGCGCCCCGUCCGCUGGCUCCCCGUGGCCAGCUCCGCAGCCGCUACGUCAGCAACCGCCGGUGGCUCCUCUGUCCGAUGCAGAAGAUCCACUUCACAUUAUAGGCCUCACAGAUCCGGCGGAAAACGUUCAUAACAGCCCGCGGACGCUGCUGCUGGCGGGCGUGAUGACGGCGCAGAAGUACGUGGACACGCGCGCCGUCGCCGUGCUGGACACGUGGGGCCGCCAGCUGCCGGGCCGCGUCGCCUUCUUCUCGUCGUGGGCGUCGCGCCGCCCGCCCGACCGGCCUGACCUGCCGCUGGUGCGCCUCCGCGGCGUCGACGACUCGUACCCGCCGCAGAAGAAGUCCUUCCUCAUGCUGCACUACAUGUGGCGGCACUUCGGCGACCGCUUCGAGUGGUUCCUGCGCGCCGACGACGACGUCUACGUCCGCGCCGACCGCCUCGAGAAGCUGCUGCGCUCCGUCGACAGCAGGCAGCCGCGCUUCAUCGGGCAGGCGGGCCGCGGCAACGAGCAGGAGUUCGGCCUGCUGUCGCUGGAGUACGACGAGAACUUCUGCAUGGGCGGGCCGGGAGUGCUGAUGAGCCGCGAGACGCUGGCGCGCGUCGCGCCGCACAUCCAGUACUGCCUGCAGCACCUCUACACCACGCACGAGGAUGUGGAGCUCGGCCGCUGCGUGCAGCGCUUCGCCGGCAUCCCCUGCACCUGGUCCUACGAGAUGCAGACAAUUCUGUAUCACAACUCCAGUGGUAGUGCAGCUUUCACGGGUAACCUGAAGCAGAAAGAAGUUCACAGAGCAAUUACUCUGCACCCUGUGAAACACCAUGAGCAGAUGUAUAGAAUACACAAUUACAUGCAAGCACUGAAAGUUCAGGAUCUGCAACAAGAGAGCAUUAAUUUGCAUCGUGAUAUUAUAGCUACGAUGAAAUACUUAAAUGUUCCACCACAUGAAGUGGCUGAUGUAUUUAUAGCAAAGGAUACACCUCUUUUUCCAGCCAAAGAGGGAAGUCCACAUUAUUUGGGAGAUUCAGCUAUGCUAGGACUUAACCCCAGUCUUCACAAGUUUCAUCCCCGUCGAGAGCAAGACAUUCUGAAGUGGGACUUCAUAUCCCGAUCAAUUUAUUCAGAUACUAACAACAAUCCACGAAGACGCAUUGAAACUCCACUACGGGAAGGCCUGGAGGAUGUUGUACGAGAGGUGAUGGAUAUGAUAAACAUGUUCUCAAAGCAGCGAGGCAGAGUUAUAGAGUAUCGAGAGAUUCUUUAUGGCUACCACAGAGUCAAUCCCAUGUAUGGUGCAGAUUACAUUCUUGAUUUGUUGAUGGUAUACAAGAAAUAUCGUGGACGUAAAAUGACAGUACCUGUGAGAAGGCAUGUUUAUCUCCAGCAACAAUUUACAGGUCUUCAAAUUAGGGAAACAGUUGAUGGUGAGGAAGUACAAAGCCUUUUACAGGACGAAAAUGAAGCUUCUGUUGAAGAAUUACAGGGGCUUCAGAAAUCAUUUAGAGAUGCCUUUGAGAAUGGUCUUCUCAAAAUUGGGGAAUCAUUUCCCUUCCUCUUUGGCUCUCGGACUUCAGAUAAAUCACAAAGUAUCAGAGACAAGAAGAUAAACUUUAUACUGCCAUUGUCUGGACGCUUCAACACUUUCAAGAGAUUUAUGUCUGUGUUUGAGGAAGUGUGUCUGAUGAAUGAAGAAGCUGUGUCACUUAUAAUAAUUCUGUUUCCUAGUGAUAAAGAGAACAGACUGAAUGAUACAGUGACUCUUGUGCAGAAACUUCAGGGAAGAUACAGUAAUGCUGAUCUUACGAUAUACCCUGUGCUUGACACCUUUGCUCGAGCUAUCGCGUUAGAAAUAGGAACUGCACAUUGCAAAGAUGAUGAUUUAAUAUUUUUCAUAGAUGUGGACAUGGUAUUUACAUCUGCAGCACUUGAAAGAAUACGAAUUAAUACAAUCCAAGGAAAACAAGCUUAUUUUCCUAUUGUGUUUAGUGAAUUUGAUCCAAGUGUUGUUUAUUCUGAAGAAGGACUGGUGUCUUCACCAAAUCAUUUUCGAAUUACUGAAGACAGUGGCUACUGGAGACAGUAUGGUUUUGGAAUAGCAAGUGUAUAUAAAAGUGAUCUAAGAAGAAUAGGGGGUUUUGAUACAUCAAUAAGAGGAUGGGGUAAAGAAGAUGUGGACCUCUUUGAUAAGUUCAUCUUAGCAGCAAAAAACAUAUCUGUAUUUCGAGCUGUAGAUCCUCACUUAAUUCAUGUUUUCCACAUAGUGGACUGUGAUCCAAAUUUAGAGGAAGCACAGCUCGAGAUGUGUAAAAAGACUAGAGCAGAUACCUAUGGUGGAGUACACCAACUUGCAAGAUAUAUUUAUUCUCAUCCAGAUAUUGUACAGUAUGCUAGAAAUAAAAGAAAACAAGAUGCACCUUCCUGACA